CUGUACUGUACACUACGUUCUUAAGCCUCGCAAUCGCAGCCCCACAGUGAAAACAGCCGCGCCGGAUGAAGCCCUCAUGAACUGGAAGCGAAUGCUGCCUGUUUCUAAAUGUCCUGCGCUGCUUAAAGUUUAUUUUUGACAACACGUUUUUGACAACGCUGCGCGUAUUUUACGACAUUUUUCUUCGCCUACACCUUUUUGUUUGGAGUCGAAAAUAUCACGACAUGCAAUAAAAUGUAAGCUUCAUUUGUAGCUCGUAGAUGCAUUGAACAGUAACAUCGGACACGUUCAGACUCGCAACGAUUCGCUGUAAACAUGUCGGAACCGAGUGGCAAAAGGCUGAAAACUGGUUUCCCCAUCUGCAAGACGCACAGAACAGCACUUGGGAGCCGCGCCAAACAGAACUUCCCGACUGUCGUGGAGGCAAGUGUGUGUGGCGUGACGAACUUUCUCUUGGAGGUCGCUUACCGACUAGAAGCGCUGGCUAAAAUAUUCGAGCAGGACGACCAGGCUCUGCCACACGUGGCAGCGUUUUUCCAGCGGGAGUCGGAGAGAGAGCAGGAGCGUGCGGAGGCCAUGAUGGAGUACCUGAAUGAGCGAGGGGGGCAGUACUGCAGUAAGGACAUCCAGAGACCCGGGUGUGAGUCAGUGGUAGCGGUCCUCCAGGCUCUGGAGCUCACCCUGGCCCAGUGGAAGGAGGCCGAGGGGCUGAUGGUGGAGCUGGUGCAGUGUGCCCGGGAGGGGGGGGACCCCCACACCGCCAGCGUGGUGAAGGCCCGCUUCCUGCGGCCGCUCGUGCCGCGCGUGAAAGCGCUGGGCGACCUCCUCACCAGCGCCCGCAAAGCCGGCUGCUCCUCCCAGGGGCCCGGGGGCAUGGGGGAGUACCUGUUCGACCAGUUGCAGGAGGGGCUUAGCAGCGCCUGAGCCUCCCCCUCCCCCCCCCCUUAAAAAGAGCCAUUUACUGGCGUUUCUAUGCCCCCCCAUCCCCCCCACCCCCCACCCCCACUCAAAAAAAGCCAUUCCCUGGUUGCUGGAGAACACACACGGAAGUAGCACUCCAUACCCAUCGUCCUUCACACAGUUUUGGGCCCAUGGAUUUCUGUUUGUGUGUCUAACCAAAGCUGUGUUUAAUUCCUCCUUCAAACUUUUAAAUUUACAUAGUAAUACACACACACUUACACACACACACACACACACACACACACACACAUACACACACAGACAACUGUAUACAGUAAAAUCUUCAGUGUUAAACUCUUAACAGAGUCCACACUGGAUUAAAAAAAGUACUCUGUUAGUGUAAAAAGCAUUCAGUUAAUUUACCACUGAGUAAUUCCAAAAUACUGCAGCUCUGCUAAAGAUAACAUUGAGAGAGAAGUGGCGGAAAUCGGAAAUCACAAAAUCAUGUUAAUGUGAGCGAUACAUUGUGACAGACAACUGCUGGCAUAGAUUAAUUAAAGUAACUGCAGCUUUUGUCUUUAACAGAAAAUGGAAGAGGUGUAUUGUAAAAUCUGUGAUGUAUACGAAGCAUUUCAGCAUCUGUGCGUGUCAGUAUAGCAUGUCACUAAUCUGCUUUUAGAGUUAUUUCACGUUUACAGUCCUCAUUAAAACUUCAUACCUAUCAGAAUGCACCUUGUGAACUCUCUGUUGGCUACACACUGCGUGAUGAAUCUUUCAGCUUCGGCUCAAUGUGUGCGUUUAUCUCUCCUUGUGGUGGACUUCACCCAUCCCCCCAGAGUUGUAAAAAGAAAAGUUAAAGACUUGAGAGUUUUAAAUGAGUCACUACAGAGAAUAUAUUUUGCUUCAGUUCUGCCACAACAAACACAAGUUUUCAUCAUAUUCUUUCCAGUGCAUUCCAGAAAUAGCACUUUGAAUUUGAAUGUCCAAUCAGCUAAUGGAUGUUCUCCACCUAAGAUGGAAGGGAUUUUGAUUGGAUGUCAAGGUUAUGAUUGGACAUAUUGAUUGGGUGGGCAUGUGAAUUUGUAAUUGUUCAGGACAUGUGUGACACAUUAAAGCUUAAAGCUUAAAGCUUCCAUCUCCCAGAACCACAAGUGGACCCCACUGCUUUAUCCUUUAACAGAGAGGGUAAAUGCUCUGCUGUAAUUGGGUCACUUUCUGAAUGAAUUGCCCUUUAUAUUUGGUCUUCUUCUAUCAGUCCGUUUUUGUAUUUUGUAUUGUGUUUCCAAAUAAAGUUUUCAA